GUUGCUAACCCCAGUGGCUGUCAAGUAUGUCUGCCACAGCCUUCUUCACAACUACCCAAUUCUUACUCUUCUUCUUCUCCGUCAGCACCAUCAUACUUGGUGAUGCCAACAUCCAAGGGGAAGUACUGCUACCUCCUGCCCAAGGUACUGAGAAGGUGAGCCAUCUUCACUUUUAUUUCCAUGAUAGCCUGGAUGGUCGAUACUCUAUCCGCAUUGCCGCCGCACCACCAUCUUACAAGUCAGCGACCCAGUUCGGUAAUGCUAGAGCCGUCGAUUUCCCGUUGACAGAAGGGCCUCAUCCAGGAUCCAAGUUGGUUGGGAGAGUACAAGGGCUGUAUGUCAUAGCUUCAAAGGAAGAAGUUGUCUUGCUAAUGGAUUUGACAUACCAGUUCUAUGAAGGAAAGUACAAUGGGAGCAGCAUCAGUGUGCUUGGGCGGAAUGCAGUGCGUAGUCCAUUGAGGGAGAUGCCGGUUGUGGGGGGAACUGGCCUUUUCCGGCUAGCCCGCGGCUACGUACAGGCUAAGACCUACCUUUACAACGUCACAAAUGGGUUUGCAAUUGUGGAAUAUGAUGCAUUUGUGAUGCAUUAUUAAUUAGAUGGUUGGCUUCUAUGGUGUUAUUGUGCCCUUUGAGUUCCAAACUUCCAUGCAUGUUAGUACUGUUUGGUACUCAAAAGUAGUAGCGACCCUAUUUUCUUUCAGCAUGGCUCUUGGGGCUGAUAAAAUCCAUUUG